AUUUAUGAUAUUGUAUUUUAACGUUUAAUUUACUUAUUCAGCUCUUAAACCCUCUUCCCAGUUCUCAAUCCUCGACUCCAUUACUAAACCCUUCUUCGCCACGGAAAAUUACCCACGCCAGUCUCUCCGCCGCUCUUCUCUGUCCUCUUCACCGUCCUUCUUCUUUUCUCAGAGUCUUCCUCCAAAAGAAGAAGAACUCAAAACAAUGGCGGCGACUUUCACUCAGCCCCACGCCCACGGCCGCCUCUUCUCCACCUCCCCCGUCGCCAAACCCACAAGAAAGCUCCUUUCCCCCUUCACAGUCCGCAUGUCCCUUCAAGAAAACGGCCCUUCCGUCGCCGUAGUUGGAGUCACCGGCGCAGUCGGACAGGAGUUCCUCUCCGUCCUCACGGAUAGGGAUUUCCCUUACCGCUCAAUCAAAAUGCUUGCUUCCAAGCGCUCCGCUGGGAAGCAGAUGACUUUCGAGGGCAGGAACUACACGGUGGAGGAGCUGACCGCUGAUAGCUUUGACGGGGUCGACAUCGCCCUGUUCAGCGCCGGUGGGUCUAUUAGCAAGCAGUUUGGGCCGGCGGCGGUGGAGAAGGGUACCAUUGUGGUGGAUAACAGCUCCGCGUUUAGGAUGGUGGAUGGGGUUCCUUUGGUGAUUCCUGAGGUCAAUCCCCAGGCAAUGCAUGGGAUUAAGGUUGGGAUGGGGAAAGGGGCUUUGAUUGCUAACCCCAAUUGCUCUACCAUUAUUUGUUUGAUGGCUGCCACUCCGUUGCAUCAGCGUGCCAAGGUGCUACGCAUGGUUGUUAGUACAUAUCAGGCAGCCAGUGGUGCUGGUGCUGCUGCCAUGGAAGAGCUUGAACUCCAGACUCGUGAGGUGUUGGAAGGAAAGCCGCCAACCUGUAACAUAUUUAGCCAACAGUAUGCUUUUAAUUUGUUUUCACAUAAUGCACCAGUUCAACCGAAUGGAUACAAUGAAGAAGAAAUGAAAUUAGUAAAAGAGACCAGGAAAAUCUGGAGCGACUUGGAUGUGAAGGUCACUGCUACCUGUAUAAGAGUCCCCGUCAUGCGCGCACAUGCUGAGAGUGUCAAUCUCCAGUUCGAGAAGCCACUUGAUGAGGAUACAGCCAGGGAGAUUCUGAAGAAUGCAGCAGGUGUGGUGGUGAUCGACGACCGUGCAUCCAACCAUUUCCCAACGCCCCUGGAAGUAUCGAACAAAGACGACGUCGCAGUUGGCAGAAUCCGGCAAGAUCUGUCUCAAGAAGGGAAUCACGGGUAAGAAACCUUGUAACUAACUGCUUUUCUGUUGUAGUAGGAGGUCAUUCGUUGAAGUGCACAAGUCUUGUGAUUUCUUUCUUUGCUCCCCGGGCCUCUGUAAGCAAUUUAUGGGUGGGUUUUGCAGGUUGGACAUCUUCGUUUGUGGGGAUCAAAUACGUAAGGGAGCUGCCCUGAAUGCCAUUCAGAUUGCAGAGAUGCUGCUAUAGUUUCUGCGAGAGUGGCUUCUGUUUUUCGCUUUGGUUGAGUUGUUGUUCUUCGAUUGGUGAGGUAUUCAAGUUGUGUAAUAUUACCGGCUCCGAAAUCUUCCAUUUUGUUUAGUUCUUUGGAACUGGUAUCCAGGGAUUAUUAGUUCGUUGCUCAUUGGUGUUUUAUGAAUAUGAUUUUAGUAGUAAUGUUGUCUUAACUCUUAGCGAAAAAAAUAACCUAUCGACCUUGAUUGAAUGUAAGUUUAACCAU